AAAAUGAGGUUAGAAUGAAAAAUUCCCGCCAGGGAUGACUAACAUGGAACGCCCACGUUGCCAGGAGCAACGCCAGGAAAACAAAUCAGUUGAGUCAUGGAGGUGAAUUGGAAGCAAAUCCUCGCGGUGAGUCCUGAAAAAAUUGACGAUGAAGACAGAAAGGAUGAAAUUUUCGAAGAGCUAAUCCGCAUCCAAGAUUACGAGAAGUUCGAUGGGAAAACCUACAGGAAAUUCUUCCGCCUGUGCCAGCACCUACUACGCUACAAAGGGGAACAGGUGACGUCCCUGCUGGCUGAGCUGGAUGCCUUGGCAACGAAGGAAGCUGAACGGGAGAUCAUUGGGACGCCUGAAUAUAAAUCCCUCGAAGCUGAAAAUGUGAAACUCCGGAAGCAAGUUGAACGCCUAGAAUUCUCCAAUGUGCAGGCUAAAGGGAAGAUCAAGGAGCUCUCUGAGGAAGUCCUGAGUAUGCAGAAAAAGUACCAAGAUAGUCAUUUUGGGAGUGAGAGAGAAGACUCCCCGGAUGCCCUGUCGGAUCUCGAUAGGCAGCAGGAACUCCUCAAUAAUAUCAGUGCGAAGAAUAAGCACAUUAAGCGCCUACUGAAGGACAUUGAGACCCUUGAGGCGGAAUCUGGGGGGUUCAGGAGGCAAAUCCAGGAGCUGCGGGAUGCCCUGGAGGAAGCCACAUCCAGCCUGGCCGCCGUGACAGAUAAAUAUGCUGAGGCAAAGUACAAAAUCCACGAGCAGAAUGAACACAUUGAAGCUCUUGGGGUGAAGGUUCGUGAUCUGGAGGAAACCAUUGAAGGGAUGCAGAAGGAAAUGGAAGAUCGUGACAAUGAGAUUGAUUCCUUUGGACGGAAGCUCGAGGAACGUGCCUAUGCGUGGAAAAAUCUCCUCGAAGAGAAAGACAGUGAACUCGAGAACCUCAAGGGGAAGUACGAGGAACUCCUGGAGAAGCAUCCUGGAUACAAUAUUGAUGCAGAACGGAAGGAAAUGCGUCGCCUGCAGCAGGAAUUGCAGGAGAAGAGUGAAAAAAUUUUCCAGCUUGAGGGAGAAUUGGAGGAUCUACGUCAAAGCCAAUCCAGAGAUGUUCCGGACAAAUCAGCACGGAGUGGUGACAGCAAACCUGGGGGAUGCUGCGAAGAGACACAAAUCCUCCUCGAUCAGGCUAAAGAGAAAAUCUCCGAGAUGGAAUUUGCAAUGAUUUCCCUCGAAGAGGACAACGUGCUCAAAGCAAAACAAGCCCUGGAAGCAAUUGAGGCGCUAAGGCAGUAUGAAUCCGGAACAGAUGGGCUAGCACAGGCACUCAUCAAGAUUGCCACACUCGAGAGGAAGAUCAAGUCACGCGAUAAGCAAAUCUGUGCCCUCGUGGCGGAGCUGAAUACCCUCCAGAAUUUAGCCUCUGAGAAUGCAGUGCUGCGGAAGAAGCUGGGCCUGGCUGAAGAUGAAUUCAUCUCCACAACAUCCAUUCAUGCAAAGCAGAGGAAGCUGGAGAAGCUCUGUGAACGACUUCAGCUGAAACUGAGAGCUUCCGAGGAGAUGCGCCUGCAGCUGAAGCUGGAGAAGAAUGACCUGAAGCGUCGCCUCAGUUCCCAUACCCGGAAUGCAGAAGACCUUCCGGCAGAUACGAAAAUCUGUGAGAAAUGCCUGAAAACCUUCACCCCGGAUGACUCACUGUGCACAACAUGCUCCCGGAGUGAUCCCCAGAAAGAUGACGAAGGCAGUGGGAAGAAGAAGCUGAAGCAGCUGGAGGAGAACUAUCGGAUUGUUGUGGAAGAGAAUGAGAAUCUUCGUGUGGGAAUGCAUGAGAUUCUCCACAAACUGCGUGACUACGAUGCCUCAUCUGACCACAUUACCAUCGACACAACAACCCUGGAGAAACUCCUACAUGCCCUGGAUGCUAGAAGUGUCAGCGGGUGGUAUCAUCCAGCUAUGAGGAUGCAGAAUGAACUCCUUGUGGUUAAGGAGAGAGAACUCGCUCUCAAAGAACGCGUGAGGGUGUCUGAGAAGCAAACCAGCACUCAAACACUCCAGGAAGAUUCAAAGAAGCUUCCAGGAACCAACGUAGCCACCCAAACGGAUGUCCUGGAAGACAAAUCAACCAGCUUUGACACCCUCUUUGGGCACAUUGCAGAAAAGACGAAAGAACUCGAUGACUUCCGGGAGAAAUGUUCAGCUAUUACCUCUGAACUGCAGCAAAAAAUCCUCGAAAUUGAUUCCCUGAAGCAACAAGGGGAGGAAUUGAAGCAACUCCGUGAAAUUCUCAGUCUCUCUGAAGAUGAGAGAGAUAGGAAUUUGCUGAAGAAGAGCGAAGAGUACUCAAAGCUUAAUGGAGAGAUUCAGGAGAAUCGCCGGAAGUUGGAAUUUCUCAUGGUUGACUAUGAGAAUGCAGCUGAAGAGCUGAAACACGAACGUCGUGAUCGGAUUCUCCUGAUUGCCGAAAUGGAGAAGGAGCUUGUUGGGCGAAGAACACGAAUACGUGAUCUUGAGGAGGAAAUCUCAUCCCUGCGCCGAGAGAUUUCCCACCAUGUUCCGGAAAAUGAGCACAAAAAACUCCUGAAUGCCCUGCAAACGUCUCAAAGUAAAUUAGCCCAAAUCUCCACGGGAAUUCUGCAAAAUCUUCCAUCUCUGGACAAGCAGAAGCUCCUCCAGGAAGACACAGAAGUUCUCAAGGACUUUGCUGUUGUGGAUAGCAAUCUCACAGUUGACUUUAUGACACGUCAGGAAUUCCUGGAUAUGAAAUACGAAGCCCGGAGGGCAAAGGAUGAGCUGACCAGGCUACAGAGUGAGAAGAAACAUCUUGAGGAAGUUCUGAAGGUUACCCAGCAACAAAUUUCAUCCCAACACGACCUCCUGACUCAUUACUCCGACGAAGAAAUCUCCCUGAGGCAUCUUGUCGUUGACCUUCAGUGCUCAGGAAGUGAGAAGCAAUUGCUGGCCAGGAGUGCGAGAGAAAUUGAGAGUCUCAAAGAAUCGGAUUUGAAGCAAAAGAAGCAAAUUGAGAAUCUCACGGCAAAGCUCAAGGAUGUCGAGGAAAAACUCCUAGAAGCUGAAGGAAAACUCGCUGGCACCAAACAAGAAGCAUCCAGGAGCAGGAAAAAUGAUCUCCUGAAGAUUCAAUACCUCACACAGAGUCUCCAAAUGCUUCGAGUGUCCUACUGCAAAUUCACCCCACUCUUCCUCAUUGUGGACUUCAUUGAGAUCCUGGGAAAGGCAGUGCAGCUACAAAAAUCCCUCCAGGAUGAUGAGACAAUCAAGGAGGCGAAAUUCCAGGAAGAAAACCUGGACAACUGCCUCCGGAAAGUGAGAGAAUCCCUUAAAAAUGACGGGAUUGAGGAUAAAAUUGCUCUUGUGCGGUAUCAAACACAAUCUGAGGACUUCCAGAAGCAACUCUCUGCCUCCCAGAAGCUCCAGGAAAAUCUCCAGCAAGAACUGAUAGAGAUGAAGGUGAAAAAUGCCGAGAAUGCCCAGCAUUGGAACACUCUGGAGCUUCUUCUAAAAGCCAAUGGCCAGAAGGAAGGGAAGAAAAUUUCUUCUCGUGAGAUGGAAGUUCAAUGUAGUCCGGAAAUGGCCACAAAAGCCACAAAUACAGAGAAGGAAUUAAUACAGAAGCCUCCAGAGGAGCCACAUGAGGUUCUCCAGAAGACUUCCGCUGAGAAGCAGCAAGAGAAGCUCGUGGAUAGCAAUAGAAUGUCCGAGACAGAGAUGAUGGCAUCCAAUAAAUGCCUGGAAUCUCAGCUUAAACAAGCCAUGAGUUUAGCUUCAACCCGAAGUGCUCUGCUGCUGGAGACUGAGAGUCGUCUUGCGGAAGCUCAGGGACGAAUAAAGGCCUUUGAGAAGACACUGGAGGAGAAGGAGAAGCUCCUGCGGGAAGAGCGCGACAAGAAUGUAACGAAUGGGGAAAAAUCCAGCCGGAAGGAUGACAAUAUUCUCAGCAUAACCAUUGCUUCCCUGCAGAAUCUCCUCCUGGAAAAGGAUACCACCCUCUCACGUUACCAGGAAUUGCUGAAAACCGAAAGGAAUGAACACAGCAAAUCCACAAGUGAGUACCAGAAGGAAAUCCACGCGCUCCGGGAGGAGAUUAACCAGCAAACGCGGAAGUUGAAGGAAUCAGAAGCAACUGUGGCGGAUCUUGAGGGACGAAUUCGCGAAAUGAGUGUGGAAAAAGUCAAAAUUGACUCUCCGGAAGUUUCUCCUGAGCAUGAGAAACUCUUCCUGGAUGAUCGAUAUUUGCUUGAUGAAAUGUUUCUCGAUGAGAAGCGUGUCCUGCUGGCCAAUGGGGCCAAGGAACACAUUGAGAAUCUCGAGAAGAAACUCCUGGACAACGAUGAGGAGAUCCGAAGGCUUCAGCUGCAGCUGCGUGAAGUUAGCAAGAGGGAAGCAAUGUGGGAGAAGAGUCUCACGGAAAAGGAUAGAGAGAUUGCAGCACUCAAUGAGAGAUUCAAUGCGGAUUUGCAUGAUAUUUCCGACACAAUUGCCAGCCGGAGGGAGAUUGAGCAACUCCGGGAGAUGCUGGAGGAAAAGGAUCGUCACAUUAAUGAUCUCACAGACACCCUGACUCACUUCCACGAUGAUCAGCAAAAGUUCAUGAGUGAUGCCACCCUCCAUUCUGCUGACCAAUUAGCCCAACUUAGUGCUGAACUUAGUCGAGCAGAAGCAACCAAUAAAGUCCUGAACACACAAAUUGAAGCCCUUAAGCGUCAAAUCACUAAUCUCAGUCAGAGGGAGAAGCAAGCUCGGGAAAUGGUCAAGACACUCAAAAAUCAACUAAUCCGUCGUCCUGUAAUCUCCAUCAAGAAUGAGAGGAUCACAUCCAGAGAGGAGAAUCUCCAGCGGCGUGUGGAGCAGCUUCAAACCGAACUCCUGACCACGAAGGAAGAUCUCCGGAAGCAGACAAAUUUAGCUGAGAGUCGCAAAGCAAAGAGUGCAUCGGAUUUAAAUCUCUGGGAGAAGCAGAAACGCUGGCAGGGUGUCGCGGAGAAGCAAAAACUGAAGCUGGCUGAGAAGGAAUCCGAGCUAGAGAAGCUCAAACUCAAUUUCAACACAGCAAAGGCAACAAUUUCACGUCUUGAGCGUGAGAAGCAAGUGCUGGAGACUCGCCUCAGGGGUGGAAGUCGCUUCUGUCACACCUCAUCGUGUCCACAUUCCCACGGGGGGAAAUACACACCAGCUGAGAGCCCGGAAAGUGACGAUGAGUACAAUGAGGGGGCCAUUAAGGGUGUUACAGGAAUGUCUACCGUUCCACGGGCAAUCCAAGAUGCCCUGGAAGGUGGUCAGGAGAUUGUGGAAGCACUCAAGGCACGAAUUGAAUCACAACAGAGGCGAAUCGUGGCCAUGGAGUUGGAAGGAAAAGGUUCCAGUGCUGUGGCAGUGGAAGUUGAGAAACUCCAGGAGAGACUCUCAAAGCUUGAAGCUCAAAAUCUCCGUUUGGAAGCAAAGAAUCUCCAACUACAGCUAGACAAUGACAUGCAACGGCAGGGAGAUGAUGGGGAGCGUCAGAAGAGACGAAUGAAGCACAUGGAGGACUAUAUUCUUGUGCUAAAGAAUGAACUAACCCAGGCAACGGCUAAAGGAAGUCUUCCAAGCACAAGUCAACCCCUCUCGGAUUCCCAUCAGACUAUCCUGGCCCUCAGGCGCAUCGUGGAGCGUCUGAAGGUUGAAAAUAAAACUCUCCGUGAGAGCAAAAUACCCGGAAAGGAGGGAAUCUCAAAGGAAGCCUAUGAAAAACUUCGUACAGAGUACGAGAAAAUUCAGACACUUCACACCGAAGCUCUGGCCAGGGUUGCAUCACUCGAAGUUGAGCUAGAUCUACAUGCAAAGACAAGCACAGAAGCAGCAGCAGCUGGGAAAACAUCUCCGGAACAUUCUUCCGACGAUAUAGCUACAAUUAAGGAAAAAUUACGCCACAGAACGGAACUUCUGGAGAAGGCUAAACUUCUCCUGACCAGAGCAGCUGCCAAGGAGAAAAAUCUCCGGGAACAGAUCAUCUUCUGGAAGCGGAAGUGUUCAGAACUUCAAAAUGUUCCCUUCAUUGAGGAGACUAGCGAGUAAUUUUUUUAAAAACUAAUUUUGUGUGAGUGUUUGAGAUUUUUUUCUAGUUGAGCCUGACUUAAGUUUUCAUAGACCGGUCCUUAGUUUUUUAGGCUAGGCCUAAAUUUUCUAGACUAGGCCUAAGUUUUUUUUACCAGGCUAAGU